AUGGCACCUAGAAAGACCGUCGGAAUCUUGGGUGGUGGGCAGCUCGGACGGAUGUUGACACAUCCAGCUGCAUUACUCGGUAUCCCUUUAUUGAUACUUGAUUCUGGAUCACAUACACCUGCCAAACAGACAUUGUUACCACCUCAACCACAUUCACAUCUUGAUGGACCAUUCACAUCCGAAAGUCAUAUAAGAGAAUUAGCAUCUAAAUGUGAUAUAUUAACAGUUGAAAUUGAACAUGUCAAUGCGGAUGUAUUAGAAUCAGUUGAAAAAGAAGGUUUAUGCGAAGUUCAACCUUCACCCAAAACCAUUCGAUUAAUCCAAGAUAAAUUUCGACAAAAAUGUUAUCUAUCAGAUAAAGGUAUACCUGUCGCACCUUUUGCUGAAUUACCUAUUGGACCCAGCGAAAAAGAUGUUUUGGAAAUAACUGAAAAAUUGGGUUUACCAAUCAUGUUGAAAGCUAAAACAUUAGCUUAUGAUGGAAGAGGAAAUUCACCUUUACAAUCAACAGAUUCUGAAUCUAUCAAAAAAUCUCUCGAUUUCUUGGGUGAUCGACCUUUAUAUGCCGAAGGUUGGGCUCCGUUCGUCAAAGAAGUAGCUGUAAUGGUAGUUAGAAAUAAAGAGGGCCAAGUCAAAUCUUACGAUGCUGUAGAGACUAUUCAUAGAGAAAGUAUACUGAGAGUAUGUCUAGCUCCUUUGAGAGGCGAAAGAGGCGUCAAUGCCAGAGCGAGGGAAUUGGCUGAAAAAGCAGUGGGUCACUUGGAAGGUGCAGGUAUAUUUGGUGUCGAGAUGUUCUUGAUGGAAGAUGGUUCAAUUCUCCUUAAUGAAAUCGCUCCUAGACCACACAAUUCAGGACAUCAUACUAUAGAAGCGUGUUUGACCUCACAAUUCGAGAAUCACUUGCGAGCAAUCUUAUCACUUCCACUAGGAUCGACCGAAUUACGUGUACCUUCCGCGGCAAUGAUCAACAUACUUGGAUCAUCGUCAUCCAUGGAUCCUAUAACCGCGAUGGCAGAUAACGCAUUAACAGUCCCCGGAGCUUCCGUGCAUCUAUAUGGAAAGGCAGAAUCUCGAAAAGCUAGAAAAAUGGGUCAUAUAACUUUAACAGCGGAAUCAGAUUCUGAAUUGACAGAAAGAUUAAGAAUUCUGCUAUCUGCUCAACCUGAUGCAGAUCCAAAAUGGAUUGAUCCAAUCGCACCACCUUCGCCAGCUCCAUCACAUUCACAUAAAAAACCUUUGGUCGGUAUCAUUAUGGGCUCAGAUUCAGAUUUACCAGUCAUGUUACCCGCAACUAAAAUCUUGGAUCAAUUUGAUAUUCCAUAUGAAUUAACAAUCACUUCAGCGCAUCGAACUCCUGAAAGAAUGGUUAAAUACGCCAAAGAAGCUGCUGGAAGAGGUCUAAGAACUAUCAUUGCUGGUGCAGGUGGUGCAGCUCAUCUACCUGGAAUGGUAGCUUCCGAAACUUCUUUACCAGUCAUUGGUGUUCCAGUAAAAGCGAGUGUAUUGGAUGGUGUAGAUAGUUUAUACAGUAUCGUUCAAAUGCCCCGAGGUAUCCCAUGCGCAACAGUCGGAAUCAACAACUCCACCAACGCAGCUUUACUCGCCAUUCGAAUAUUAGGAACUUCAAUCCCUUCACUACAGCAUGCUACCGACGCAUAUUCCAAAAAGUUGGAGGAGGAAGUUUUGGGUAAAGUCGAGAAAUUAGAAAUUGACGGUUGGGAUAAAUACGUCAAAGAGACACUGAAGAAGUGA